AUGGAGGCUCUACUCUCCACAGCCUUCGACAACCUCUCUUCCUACGAUGGGCCCAAGGUCCGCAAGGGCUUGCGCCAGGUUGAAGGCCUUCUCGCGCAGAUCUGCCUCUCGACCGACCCGCCGCGGUCAGCAUCGUCGUCGCCCACGAAGAACGGCUCCCCCACCAAGCAGACCGAGGACAACACCAGCAGUGGCAGUGGCAAAGAGAGCGAGGCUCCUCGAAAGGACCUGGCAGAGCUCACGCGGGACCCUGCGUUCCGGGAGUUCUUCAAGCUGCAGGAAGGGUUCGAGUGGAACGUCGCAUCACGACUGAUCAGCACGCUGGAUCGCCUGCUUGCUGGCGGAAGCGACGGCCAGAAUGAUCUUCUCAUCCUGAGCGCGCUGGACCUCAUCCAGGGACUACUUCUGUUGCACCCCCCCAGCAAGACACUGUUCUCGCGCGAGCAGAACAUGAAUCUAUUACUCGAUCUCCUCGAACCGUACAACUGUCCCGCCAUCCAGUCCGCCACGCUCCUGACCCUCGUCACCGCGCUCAUCGACACGCCGCGAAACACCCGUGCGUUUGAAGCGCUGGACGGCCUGCUGACCGUCACCUCGCUCUUCAAGUCGCGCAGCACGGCGCGCGAGGUGAAGCUCAAGCUCGUCGAGUUUCUGUACUUUUACCUCAUGCCCGAGACACCCUCCAUUGCCCGCGCCGGCGCCACACGCGACGUGCUGCAGAGAAGCCCCAGCAAGCUCGCGAGCGCCUUUAACGGAGACUCCCAGAGGAGGGGCAGUCGAUUUGAUACGGACGUCGUCGGCCUUGAGCUGAGCACGGCGGAGAAACAAGAACUACUAGGACGACACCUGAGCAGCGUGGAGGACCUCGUCAAGGACCUGAGGACCUCGGCGCCAUUUGGAGGUGUUGUCUCUUGA